AGCAGAGGAUGUGUCUUUAUUCAUACCCUGAGUGUGUGGAGUCAUACUUACCUCGGCUGAUUAAUGGCUCUCAUUGUGGCCUGCACUUUCUCACGAGAGCGAGAGAGAGAGAGAGAGAGAUGACUAUGUACAGCCUGUGACUUUUCUGAACCAAUGCCAAACCCGUCUCUGUAGCAUGUCACCUGUGCACAAAUUCAACAAGAUGGAGUUCAUAUGGCUCAUAUGCUUUUAAAGAGGAUACAUUCAUUGUGAAGAACAAUAUGUAAGGCAUAAAAUGUGCUUUUAUAGAAAAAUAAUCAACGACAGACAACGCAAAGUGGAUUUUCUCUUAACAACCCAUAGUUGAUUAUUUUCCUGCAACAGCGUGUCAUGAAGUGUUUUAUUCCUCUUAUACCACAGCUACAUGGGUCAAGUUUGGUCUAUGCUGGGAUGAUGCAAUGGUCUGAUUUGUGUGUGUGUGUGUGUGUUUGGUUGGGUUGUGGGGGCAUCUCUCUCUGUGGUCACUUGGCGUGGCAUCAUUCUAUCACAGAUGCCAGGAUGAGACACUGCACCUACGCCUACCUCUCUUCCUGUUUACCUCUUACAUCAGCAGCUUAGCUCCACCCCCGCUGCUCAGAGCUCGGCUCGCGAUUAGAGAACCGAUUCUCGACGGUCGCUUGGGCGGCGAGUCUCGCUGCUUCCACUGCUGCUAUAAAUAGUCGAUGUUUUAAAUAGGACAAUUUAUUGUGUAAGCAUUCAUCUGUGCAGAGCAUCUCCAGAAGGCAAAUGCAUGUAAGCAUGCGCCGAUCACCGUGCAGAUUCCCGACAUUCUCCUCAGAUCCGCUCUCUCUCAUUCCUUAUCCCUCUCUCUUUUCUGUGUCGAGAAUGAAGCAGCUGUCACAUUCAUUUUGGGGGAAAUCAUAUUCCAUAGCUAUAGAUACUGCUACUGUAAAGAGUCACAAAACCUUUUAAGGCACACCAGUGGUCCUUAAAAAAAACCUAACGUAAAGUCCCGUAAAUGCAGUCAAAAUGUUUGGUAUCCAAAAUGUCCUUCUUUAGUUUUGCACUACUAAUGUAGCUAACAGGUAAUGGAACCUCUUUCAUAAAUAUAUGCAUCAGAUCACAUCCGUAUCUUUUUUUUUUUAAUUUUCUGUAUAAAAAUGCUGCAAAUUGUAAUAAUUACAACACAAAAACCUGCCAUUUUAACAGGGGUGUGUAGACUUUUUUAUAUCCACUGUAUAUGGUGGAGUUUCUAUGAGGAGGUAUUUAUUGAUCAUUUCUGGAAGGAGUCUCCAGUGUCAGCGCUUAGUAACAGUAACAGAGUUGAAGCUAUAACUAAGUGGAAAAGGCUCCAGGAUGGAGGACUUUGCGGGUCCUAGAUAGAAAGAGAGAAGCCGGUGAAGGAACUUGCUUGUUUUGUGGAUAUUCCACAACAUUAAAUGGAUAAAAACUAAAGUGUUAAUCUUUAAUGAACAAAAAAGAAAUUGGAACAGUUGACAAAUUGCUGUGGUGAGAAGAUUUCUGGCUGAAUUAUUUCUUUAGAAAUGCUCAGGAUUGUUAAAUGAAGUGCGUUAUUUGUGACUUCUGCCCUUUCGUCACCUGUGACAGUUGGUGAUGUCGCUAUCUGUUCGUGUGUGUGUGUGUGUGUGUGUGUGUGAGUGUGUGUGUGUGCGUGUGUGUGUUAAUUGUACAAUGGACCCACAGUGUAUCUCUGGCUGAAUGCUAGUUUUGUUAGCUACUAAUAAAGGUUUGUUUCUUGCUACAAUGAGCCGUAAUGCACCAAGCCCUUCAAUAGGGACGUCUUCAAGUGGGCCUCGAGGGUCCCCUUGUGCAUUGAUUGGACUUAUGGAGCUCACUUCUAGUCCAUCGAGCUGUGUGUUGGUGUGACGAAUGCAGAUUUGAGCUUGUGGGGCAGCGGUGCCAGUCUGCAGGAGCACGAGGAGUCCGAGCGAACAUUACUGCGGCGUCUCUGAGGUUGUGCACGUUGCGAUGUCGGGUGCUAUGGGAGCCGCUGUGAGCUGCACGGGGAAAGAGAGGCAAGACACUGACCUGAGCCACACUGACAGAGAGAGGACAGAGAGUGAAAGGGGACAUCCAGGACCAAGCACCAUGGAAGAGUUUAAAGUCCAGAGCGCUAAACACCCCACGCCAAACAGCACGCCUCUACGCGUUCCUAGCGAGCACUCCAGGGAGCGAGCCAAGCGUCUCUCCACUGAGUCAAACGGGACGAACGAAGGAGCAGCCGGUGCCAAAACGCCUGUAGAGCUCACACCACUAGAAGAGGCUUUCAAACGCUUCGCCAUCCACGGAGACACCCGCGCCACCGGCAAGGAUAUGCACGGCAAGAACUGGUCCAAAUUGUGUAAGGACUGCGGCAUCAUAGACAGCAAAACCAUCACCCUCACAGACGUGGACAUCGUCUUCUCAAAAGUCAAGAACAAGUCCGCCCGCACCAUCACGUACAGCCAGUUCAAGGAGGCUCUUUCUGAGUUGGCCAGGAAGCGCUUCAAAGAUAAAACCAGCGAGGAAGCAGCGGAGGAGGUCUUCAAGAUGAUCGAAGGGAAGUCGCCAAUUAUAUCUGGAGUUACGAGAGCUGUGGCAUCGCCCACCGUGUCCCGUCUGACCGACACCACCAAGUUCACAGGUUCUCAUAAGGAGCGUUUCGACCAGACAGGCCGCGGGAAAGGCAAAGCGGGCCGCGUUGACAUGGUCGACACGUCCGGCUACGUCUCUGGCUACAAACAUGCAGGCUCGUACGAAAAGAAAGUCCAGGGCAAACCACAACAAAAACCCGUGUGAAAUCUCUCACUAAACCACCCCCAAAACCCCAUUCCAUCAACAGACAAGGCGAGGGGAGGGGAAAGUAAAGCACAACAGGAUCAUAUUUGCUAUUUCUGUUUGUUUAUAAGCAUCUUUUUUUUUUUUUUUUCUGUGAAAGAGAUUUCCGUUUCCUGCUCUGUUGGAGAACUGGAACAAUGUUUACAUCGACAGACAAGAGAUGCAGCCGGCUGGUACAUUCCUCAUCAAGAAUGAAGAUUAUCAUCAUACUCUGAAAUUGCAGAAGGGCAGAACAGAGUGGAGAACACAAAAAUAUUAAGGAGUUGUGAACGAUGACGUGAAGACGAACAAAGAAAACACUAAACCGAUGGAAGACGUUUGACAGAAUGUCUACGAUAGCACAUACGAGGUCUAGUCAAAAAGUUCUGAGUCUUAUCUGUCACAGAUAGCAGUAUGGAGGCAGCGAACUGCUCUGUCUGGAAGGUCUUCCAGGAACGAGCCAUUGGUCAGAAAUGGUCAGAAAAAAAUGGAGCAACAUGUAUACAUGAGAUUUUCUGUGAAAAUGAAGCUUAGUGCAGGGAGAUAUAGUUUAGAGAAGCCAUUCUUUAAGGCUAUCGUCAUGGUUACCUUCCAGCAUUAUACCUGGAACUGGUUCUAAACAGAUCUACAUUAGGCUACUCUCUCAAGGAUUUUAGGUACCCAUCAAAUACGUACCACAUGCCAUUGGUUUUAAUGAGAUCAGUGCGUUGAUACACAUCAGAUCAAUACUAUAAUUAUUAACAAUGAAGAGAAAAGGCAGCCCGUACAGGAUUUCAGAGAUUUUUUGUGAUUGUUGCGGCCAAAAAAAUGCUCGAUUUUGCUGCGGUUUAUUUUUCUAAAUUUGCUAUGAAAAUUGUGGAGUUUUUUUUUGUGUGUGCUUUUUUCUUUUAAAGCGAAAACUACUUGAAUUGGUGAAAUCGCAAUUGCACAAAAAUGUUUUGCUCGAUCUUUCGCAGUGAUGUUCGUUGGUAAAUGAGACCUUUUAGCUGUACUCAUGUUCAACGCACGUGAAUCGAACCGGGCUUUGACUGAACGCGCGUUGUGACGACGUCUCACGACGCGUCUCGGCCCUGCCCUGCGGAAAUGACUGAUCCGCGGUAAUUUCGAAAAAUUGUAAGAUCCUCAGAAUAUUGAGGAGUUUGCUCGAUUUCGCGUUCAUUUCUGCAUUCGCAAAAUCACGAAAUCCUGGAGGGACUGAAAAAGGAAAUUAUCCAUGUCUUCGCUCACAUCAAGAGCUGUAUGAUUCAGUGCAAAAAAAAAACAACAAAAAAAAAAAAACGCCUCAACUCUGAACACAAUAAGUACAACUCACCUAAAAUCGAUAUCAGCUCAUAAACAUGAUACAUUUUUAACCAUGUCCAGGGUGUACCCCACCUCGUGCCCGAUGCUCCAUGGGAUAGGCUCCAGGUUUUCCCGUGACCCUGAAUAGGAUAAGCGGUAAAGAAGAUGGAUGGAUAGAUAUCAAUGUCUUUUAUUUAUUUUACUUUUUUGGUGGAUACCGGAAAACUCCUUGUGUACCCAAUUAGAAAUGAGAAUUCUCCAUGUCAUCUUAGGACUUUUUGAUCAGACCUCAUUUUCUAUAAGAAGGAAUUGUUGUUUCUGUGAUUAGACAUCAUUAUUUGUGACCUCUUUACUAUCUGGCAAUGUUUUCAAUUUAGCUUUUUAGUUCUUUUACAAAUGUUUAAUACUGCCCUUUAUACUUGUGGUUUUUAUGGUGCAUCUUUGCCUGUGAUCAGAUUAGACUUGUACAGUUUUGUUUUACAUAAAAAAAAAAAAAAUGUUUUUGGUAUAAGCCUAGUGUACCCUAUUCAGAAUCCAUGAGGUGAUGUCUACUGAUAUAAGAUUGUGAGUCUGUGUUUUUAAGUCUUUAAAUAGUCACCGAAUUUGACGGCUCGUACGCUCUGCUCGGUUGUUGCAUCACCAUUCGUGGUCUACAUUUUCUAUAUAUAGAUAUAUAUAUAUAUAUAUAAAUAAAUAAUAUAUUGUUAAUGUUUCAGUCCAUUAUAUAGGGUCGAAAAUAUUAAUAGUGUUUAUAAUUGUGUUUUUAUGCUAACGCUUGAUGGCAUAACAUGAUACACUGGCUGAUACGCGGUUUUCUUCUCUGUUGACACCGGUCACAUUAAAAAAUUUUUAAAAAAAAGGCACUGAGAUUAGACAGCAGGAAGUCACGAGUGGAUCAUAUGAUUGGUUUAUGAUAACACUGUCUUUUACAGUUUACUAUCUAUAUUACUAUGCACAACCGUCAUCACUUACUGAUCAGCUCAGACACGUGCUGACAUUACAUUUUUAUAUCAUUACGGUUGAUCUUUUAUCACUGUUUAUGAGCACAAGUUCAAUUUAAUCAGCCAGGCACAAACUUUAGCAUAUGGCAGCGCCACAACUAAAUAAAAGUGCAUGUAGUGUUCUGUACCUUUAAAACUUUUCUAAAUACAAACUUUCGCUGUCAUUUAAUGUGACGUUUGUGAUCGUCUGAUGAAAUUUAUAUUACGCUCCUCCCUCUUUUAUAUAGAGACUCCCGUCACGGGUCUCUUAUUCUGACCGUAUCCUAGGACUUCAGAUGCGGCCCAAACGUGCAGCCUGGAAGCUAACGUUGGGUUGGAGAACACGAUAUAUCAUCUUGAUGAUUAUCGUCUCAUCCCAAAGCCCAGGUUUAACUAAGAGAAGGGCUUCCACGAUCAAGAACUAAAUAAUUCAGAAAUAUAGACAUGUAUUUCAGUAAUAUUUGUAAAGUCUGGUUAAUAAUUACAAUGUGUUCCGAAUUAAAUCGCUUAAAAAGCUUUUAAAACUUUUUUUUUUUUUUUAACUUUCAUAACAUGCAAUUUUUCCAGUCUAAUGAGCAAUGUUUACAAUGUUUGCAUUUUAGCCAAAUGACAAGAAAUAACCUUGAAUGGUCCCCAAGGUCAUAGGAUUCCCUUUUAAAAUGUUCCAUCAUUACAUACAGGUGUGGUACUCAACCUUGAUAGAGACACCAGAUAUUGCUCUCCUGACAAAGAAUAUCCUGAGAUAUGCGACAGGGUAAAUCUCUAUUAUUAUCUCUAUUUGCACUGCUGAUGCAGUGAUAUAUGGUAUUUAAUACCAUUCUCUUUGAAAAUAUUGGAUGAGAUGCUUAGCACACGGUUUGAAUGGAGCAACACAGGGCAAAAAUAUGCAGCAGGUUUCUCAGAAGGAAGAUUACAGCAUGUAUAGACAUAUUCUUCUACAGAACAUCUAUUUUUCCAGUGUACUGUCACACUGUUCCUGUUAGGUCCUGCUUGGAAAGUGACUCAUAUUUAAUUCAAAAGAGCAAGUUUGAAAUAUUCUUGUGUUUUAACAAAUGGUUGUUGUUUUGUGUGCUUUGACGCCAAAUACUGUAAACCCACCGUUUUCGAGGAACAAAAAUGUGGUCUUAUUUUUCAUAUAAUUAUUUUUCUAUCUGUUACAGUGCCAUGUUGCAUGUUAUGUGUUUUUAGGUAACAUUCAACAGACCUUUAACUUGUCCGUGUGUUGUAGCAUUGUUCUGAAUUUAAAAAAAUAAUAAAUAAAUAAAUAAAAAUUUUAAAAGG